GCCAAGAUAUUAAAUCUGAUGGCUUUAGUAUCGAGACGUGCAAAAUAAUGGUUGACCUGUUAGAUAAUGAUGGGAGUGGUAAACUGGGACUGAAGGAGUUCCACACCCUCUGGACAAAGAUUCAGAAAUACCAGAAAAUUUACAGGGAAAUUGAUGUCGAUCGAUCCGGUACCAUGAAUUCCUAUGAGAUGAGGAGGGCACUGGAAACAGCAGGGUUCAAACUCAACUGCCAGUUACAUCAAAUCAUUGUGGCUCGUUUUGCUGAUGAAGACCUCAUCAUUGACUUUGACAACUUUGUCCGGUGUUUGAUUCGUCUGGAAACCUUGUUCAGUGAGUACCUGGCUUAG